AGCUCACUUGGGGAACCUGGUAACUGCACUCGUCGAUAUGAGUUACAUUGCGUAUCGGACACAACGGGUCUUGUGGGCGCCCAUUGACGAAAAACUCUUUCAAGGAGUGUUUGACGAUUUGAGUGCUUGGUAUGGAGAGUUGCAGCAUAAGGAGAACAAACAUGAAGUUCUUCUAGAACAACAGUAUGCUAACCUUCAACAUGAACAACCGCAAGAUUUCCAAACCACUGCCACUUUUCUGCUCAAACAGGAAAAUAGCUACUUUUUGUGGCUGUUAUUGCGAAAACAUUUGGAUCGAACCACUACGGCGACAAGAACUAGAUAUUGGGCUAAACGGUUGAUGACACAGCGCUUUGGUGAUCGGACAGAUGCUGCGGUACUUGCGAAUGUCAGGAAUGAAACUCUUCUUGACGUUAAGCAUAGUAGUAGUGGUCGUACUUCUUCUGGGACGUCUUCGAGGACGCCUUCUGGCAAGAACAAAAGCAAGUCUAGAAGAACAAGG